AUGAGCCUCGUCCACCUGCUGGCCCUAACCGUGCUGGACCAGGCAGCCCACCCGGUCAGCCGCGAAGCUGGGCGGGGACUGGGGCUUGGGCCACCUGUCAGCGAAGGGGGCGGGGCGCAGGCCGGAAGCGCUCCCGCGCGACUGCGCAGACCGGUACAGGAGUGUCGGCGCUGUUUCCCGGAGUGCAAGUGGACCAAGCUUGUUGUCCUGACAACUUGGGAGCGUUUGUCCACACAACUGAGCUCCGAUUUUGCUGACUACGGAGGUCGUGCUUGCCUCUUCAUGUCUGGUGGUAAGAAAAAGAAAAUCACCAAAGCUGAGCGAUUGAAGCAGCUACAAGAGGAGGAGGAGAGAAGGCUGAAAGAGGAAGAAAAAGCAGUCAGCAAAGAGGACCGUAAAGAGUCUGAACCACAAGAAAUUAAAGUCACAGAAAACAAAAAGUGGCAUAGAGUGGGGCUGAAAGAUCUAGAAAGGAGAAAUGAAGAACUUGAAGAACUUUAUUUAUUAGAGGGUUGUUUUCCUGAAGCAGAGAAAUUGAAACGAGAUACUAGAUUGCUUUCUCAGUGGAACCAUUACAUCCAAUGUGAUGGGAGUCCUGAUCCUUCCAUAGCCCAAGAAAUGAAUACUUUCAUUAGCUUAUGGAAAGAGGAAACAAAUGAGACUUUUGAGGAAGUGAUUGAGAAGAGUAAACUAGUACUAAAUAGUUCUGCUGAGGAAGAAUCUGAAGCCAUAAAAGGUGAACUGGAGAUGAAAUUAUUCAGUGAAACAGUUUCAGCAGCACACUUGUUGCUGAUAGAGGAUGCUCCUCAAAAGCCAGAUCUCUUUGAAGACAAUGAGGUGGAUUUAUGCCAAUUCACACCUCUGGGUGGAGUGUACCACUUGGAUAUUUUGGAGCUUCCCCCACAGUGUAAACCAGUGAAGGGCUGGAUGAUUGUGGAAAUACUCAAAGAAGGAUUACAGAAAUACAAGUAUCCUCCAGAAACUACAGAGGAGUAUGAUCCAGAAAAUGUUUUCCCACCUAUAGAUGUCACACUUGAGGUUCACGAGAAUGUAAUCUUUUUUGAGGAUCCUAUGGUUGUGAGGUGGAUUAUAAAGGUAAACAUUGGAGAACUGAUGGCAUCAGCAAUGUAUCUUACAACCAAGAAGAAAGACUUAUAACAUUCUGCUUGGAGACCUUUGGCCCUGUUACCUUGAUUCAA